CAGGAGCUAAAAUGGCAACCAAUCUCGUUGAAAAACUCCCAGAGUCAGUUUUGCUGAACAUAUUUCACAACUUUCCUUCUAAAGAUCUAGGUCGCGUAGGGAUGGUGUGUAAAAAUUGGCACCGAAUUGCUUCGGAUUAUUCGCUCUGGCAACAUGUGGAUUUACGUGGCUUGAGGCUUAAGAAAGAAAGUGUAAUAGCUUUGAUUGAGAAGGUAUCUCCCUUUGUUUCUGUGAUGAACAUCAGUGGAUGUGGCUUUACGAUUGCUUUUAUAACUACUGUAGCAAAGAAAUGUGUCAAGUUAAAAACUCUUAGUCUUCAAGGGGCUCAUUUUAUAGACUUGGAUUACGACUUUCAUCUUAGCUGGACCUCUUUCAAAACCCUUGAAAAUCUGGACGUUCGUUUUCUUGAAGGCCUUUGUGCUAACACUUUCAUAGAACAUAUUCAUCUCUUUAGGAGUAUUCAAAGUCUUGGAUUAGCAAAUAUUAAUUCAUCAGGAGAGCUGGAAAGAAUUUUUAAAUCGCUGCGCAAUUUGCGUGUAGUUCAUUGCCAGAAUUGCCCCUCCUUAACAGAUUCCCAUAUAGACAUCCUGGCAGAUUCUUGUCCCAAACUAGAGUCGCUUUGCCUCACUGGAUGCAUCUACGUCACGGGGUCCACUUUCCCGCGUCUAAUUGGCAAAUGCAAAAAUCUUCAAACCCUGCUCAUGAGUUGCACUAGAUUGCAAAAUAGCAACAUAAUAAAAACGGAUUGGAGUAAGGCUAGACUGACCGAGCUUGACUUUUCCUACUGUUAUGGAAUUGGCGAGAGUGGGCUGAUGGAAAUUCUUCCCAAAUUGACAGAACUACGGUAUCUUCAGUUAUCUUUUUGUGGCUGGGGCAGAGCUUUCAGCGACAAGGUUGUAAGCGCCAUGUCACAAACGAACCACCUACAGCUCGAAAUCCUCGAUAUUCACAGUAGCUUCAAUAUCACCAGCGAGACACUGUGUAAGUUCGCUGAAAGUUGUCCUCGUUUAACAAGUCUUUGUAUUGGAAGCGCAAACACAUCCUGCGAAGAGCUAGAGACAUUGCUGAAAAAUUUAGGAAACUUAAAACACUUUUACAUCACAAAGCAAGCCACGAUAAAAACUGAAACUGUAUUCACCGAUAUCAAAAGAUUUUGUCCACGCAUUGAAACUCUGGCGUUACAUAAUUUUUACGCCAUAAACAGGCAUCGCGUCGAAGAAGCUCUUGUCGAGCUCGUAAGAACUUGUCAACGUUUGAAGGUUCUUUGCAUUCGAGGAACAAAUGUUCCUUUAAGAACCGAAUUAGCUCAACUUGCUGACAAAGUUAAGACUUGUACUAAACGAAGCGAUGUUGAAAUAUCCCGAAAACCUCAUUUUUUGUUUGCUGGAGCUAAACUGUGUUUGGAUAGCGUCCUCAAAAACUCAACUCCUUUGAACUGAAACUCGUAUUAGUUUGGCAGAUUUUUUUUGUUUUUUAAAGUUCUUCGCCUCGUUUCUCUUAGAUUGCAUAAUAUUAAUGACUUAUACCCUACGAAAAACUGAUGCAUCCUGUUAAGCUGACAAAGAGCAC